AUGGCAGAAAAUACAACCACAGCCUAUGGAUUUCAGAAGAAUACUUUUAGCAUCUCUGAUAUAGUUGUGAUCGUUGCUUAUUUUAUACUUAAUGUUGCAGUAGGAAUAUGGUCUUCUUGUCGUGUCAACAGGAAUACACUCAGUGGCUAUUUCCUCGCUGGAAGGAACAUGGCUUGGUGGCCGAUUGGGGCUUCCCUCUUUGCUAGCAGUGAGGGUUCUGGACUCUUUAUUGGUCUGGCAGGGUCUGGCGCAGCAGGAGGAAUCGCAGUGGCUGGAUUUGAAUGGAAUGCUACGUAUGUCCUUUUGGCACUGGCAUGGAUCUUUGUACCAGUAUAUAUAUCGUCUGGCAUUGUGACUAUGCCUGAAUAUCUUCAGAGGAGAUUUGGAGGAGAGCGGAUACGUAUGUACCUGUCAGCCCUAUCACUUUUGCUGUCAAUUUUCACCAAGAUUUCAACAGAUUUGUAUUCGGGGGCCUUAUUUGUGCAAGUAUGCCUUGGAUGGAACCUCUAUCUCUCCACGGUUCUGAUGCUGGGGGUUACAGCACUCUAUACCAUAGCAGGUGGUUUGGCUGCAGUGAUUUAUACAGAUGCUCUGCAAACCUUUAUCAUGAUCAUUGGAGCUGUGAUACUAACUGUUACAGCUUUUAACAAGAUUGGUGGGUACCACAACCUUGAAGAAGUUUACCAGAAAGCAAUUCCAUCGAAGAUCAUACCCAAUACAACGUGCCACCUUCCAAGGGCCGACGCAAUGCACCUUUUUCGAGAUCCAGUCAGUGGAGACCUCCCAUGGACUGGCAUGACAUUUGGCUUAACUAUCCUAGCCACUUGGUACUGGUGCACCGAUCAGGUCAUCGUACAGAGAUCCUUAUCAGCGAAGAACCUGAGCCAUGCAAAGGGAGGUUCAAUAUUAGCGAGUUACUUAAAAAUGUUACCCGUAAUCUUCAUCAUAAUACCUGGAAUGAUAAGCCGCGCACUCUAUCCAGAUGCUGUGGGUUGUGUCGAUCCUGAGGAAUGUAUUAAAGUUUGUGGAGCAGAGGUGGGAUGUUCAAAUAUAGCAUAUCCAAAGCUGGUGAUCGAACUGAUGCCUAGUGGCCUGCGUGGGCUGAUGAUUGCAGUAAUGAUGGCAGCCCUCAUGUCAUCAUUAACGUCCAUCUUUAACAGCAGCAGCACACUCUUCACCAUUGACAUAUGGAAGAAAAUUCGGAAGAAUGCAAAUGAGCGAGAAUUACUACUAGUUGGGAGGAUUGUUACUGUGGUUCUAGUUGUGAUCAGUGUUGUAUGGAUUCCCAUUCUGCAAAACGCUAACAGUGGACAGCUAUAUAUUUAUAUUCAAUCUGUAACCAGCUAUCUUGCCCCACCUAUUACAGCAAUUUUCAUCCUAGGAGUUUUCUGGAAAAGAGCAAAUGAAGCAGGUGCAUUCUGGGGACUGAUGAUAGGACUAAUGGUCGGUUUAACCAGGAUGGCCUUAGAGUUUGUGUACCCAUCCCCUCGAUGUGGUGUCUAUGACCCAAGGCCUUCCGUUAUUAAGGAUGUUCAUUAUCUCCAUUUUGCUAUAAUUCUCUGCUCCUUGACUGCUGGGGUUGUUGUGGUGAUUAGUUUAUUGACAGAGCCACCCAAAGAAACACAGAUUGAAUCCCUUACGUGGUGGACCUUAGCCUCCGAUUUGGCUCUAGGAACCUCUGUGGGUAGCGGUGAAACUCCUCUUGAAAACCCUUUCUGGGCACGAUUUUGUUGUGUCAAUGCAAUUAUCCUCAUGUGUGUCAACAUCUUUUUCUAUGCCUAUUUUGCUUAAAGAAGUGCAGCUGCAUUUGGACUGGAUUCAUUCAGUUAAAGCCUUAUCCUUCUAGUCACUUAAUACUGUUUUAAGUUAAGAAAAUCUUCUAAAUUAAGAACAUUACAAACAAUCUAGCAAGUAUUUUUUUUAUCAUGGUACAUAUUUAUACAUUGAAAAUGUUAUGUUUUAAAUGUAGUACACUAACAUUUGUAAUAAAAAAAUGUUUAAAUGUAGCCUAAACCUCCUAUGUAUUAAACAGCUAUGGUCUGUUCCUGCAUUUAACAAAUACACAGUAUGAACCUU